AAGGUCGUGAACGUAGGCUAGGGUACCAAAUGAAGUUUCCAAGUAAUGAACAAGUGAAAAAUUAUAACAAAGGGGCUUUGUCAUUAGCUUUUACUCGGUCAUCAAACUUUGUCAAUCUUUCAAUCUCUCUCAAAGACUCAAACCAUUUUUCUACGUCACAGUUUUUGUGUAUUCAAAAUUCUAUCUGAAACUGAUAAACGUUUUGCACAGUACCUUUCUUCUAUUGGCGAAGAAGACAAUACCAUUUUCGCCUAAAGUCAAAAAAGAGCUUCCAGUUUUUGCUUGCUUGGUUUUGUUUGUGUUUUACGCGUUUUUCGAACAAACUCAGUCUCCUAUUUGUUCUUUUUCUCUUUCUUCUAUUAUUUUAUUUACUGGGUUUAUUCGUUUUCUGGGGUUUUGGUUUUUGACGAGUUUGGACUUUUAAUUAAUUGUGAUUUUAGCGAUUGUGUUUGAGUUUUGGGUAUAAGAUAUUGUAGUGGGUUUGUUUAUGUUUUUUGGGAAAUGAAUGGGCAAUGGAAAUUCAGUCAGCGUAGCUUCUUGUUGGUUAUUGUGCUGUUUUUGUGUUUGGUGCAUCAGGAAUUGUGUUUUUGUUGGUCUCUUAAUGAUGAGGGUUUGGCACUGUUAAGAUUCAGGGAGAGAGUGGAGAGAGAUCCAUUUGGGGCUUUGCUGAAUUGGAAAGAUGGUGAUGGAGUGGAAAAUCCAUGUACUUGGUUUGGAGUUGGGUGCUUUAAUGGGAAUGUUGUGUCUCUAGACUUGAGAGAUCUCCAUCUAUGUGGUACCAUAGGUCCUGAUCUCGCGCGCUUGGUUCACUUGAAGUUUAUAAUCUUACGUAACAAUUCCUUUACUGGGUUCAUACCUGAUGAGAUUGCAAAGCUAAAAGAAUUGGAGAUUCUGGACCUGGGAUCUAAUAACUUUAGCCAGCCGCUGCCUUCUGAGCUUUGCAAUAAUCCCUCUCUGGAAAUUAUCUUAUCAGACAAAAAUGAGCUGUUUAGCAGCAUAUUUCCUGGAAGCGAUAAACUUGAAAUGGUCCCAGAUGUCCAAGAAAAUAACAACCAAGCUACGAGACCCCAACCUUUGUCACUUCCCUAUGGGAGAAUGAUAUUAAGGACUUCAGAAGCACUUGGAAAUGUAGCUGGAAGAAAAUUGCUAAGAGUAUCAUCUUUUUCUCUCCUGAAUAACUUCCUGAACGAAUUUCGGCCAGUCCGACUUCUAGACCGUCCUGAAGUUGCUGUUGAGAACAGUGCACCUUCAUCAUCCCCAUCUCUAUCACCAAGUCCUCUUUCACCAUCUCCUACACCGGCAGUUACUGCAAAACCUCAUGUGGUUCAUUCACCAAGAUCAUCUCCUUCUCCAUCUUCACUUCCCAGUCCUGCAGAGAACAGCAGUAGAGUUGAAAAUGCCAGACGAAGUAAUCAUCGAGUUUUGAUAUUGUCUGCAGCUAUAGGAGGUUCCGUUCUACUAUUAAUAUUGAUAGCUGGCACAAUCGUCUUUCGAAGCAACAAAAUGGCUGUUGUAAAGCCUUGGGCCACUGGAUUGAGCGGACAGUUGCAGAGAGCAUUUAUUACUGGUGUGCCAAAGCUUAAGAGAUCAGAACUUGAGUCAGCCUGUGAAGAUUUCAGCAAUGUGAUUGGUUCCUCAUCUGUUUGCACACUAUAUAAGGGCACAUUAUCUAGUGGAGUUGAGAUAGCUGUGAUAUCUCGGACAGUGGCAUCUACUAAGGAUUGGUCAAAAGAUAUGGAAACUCAUUUCAGGAAAAAGAUUGAUACAUUGUCAAAGGUCAAUCACAAGAACUUUGUCAGCCUUCUUGGGUUUUGUGAAGAAGAGGAUCCAUUUACCAGAAUGAUGGUUUUUGAGUAUGCUCCUAACGGGACCCUCUUUGAACAUCUGCACAUUAGGGAAGCUGAACACUUGGACUGGGGGAUGCGAAUGAGGAUAACAAUGGGCAUGGCAUACUGCCUUGAGCACAUGCACAAUUUAUCGCCAUCAUUACCUCAUAAAAACUUGACCUCCUCUGCCGUAUACCUCACAGAAGACUCUGCAGCCAAAAUAUCAGAUUUUGGGUUCUGGAAUGAGACAGAAGCAGCUGAGAUGGUUUCGAGUCCGGAAAGCAAUGUUUACAACUUUGGUGUCGUUCUGUUUGAGAUGAUGACUGGUAGGCUCCCUUACUCAUCAAACAGCAGUUCUCUUGACGACUGGGCGUCAGACUAUCUUAGGGGAGGAGAAUCCCUGAGAGAAAUGGUUGAUCCAACUUUAAAUUCUUUCCAAGGAGAGCAGCUAGAGAGAAUAGCUGUUGUGAUUAAAAUGUGUGUACAUCCUGAACCAAGACGACGACCGACAAUGAGAGAGGUUUCUUCCAGAUUGAGAGAGAUAACAGAUAUUGGACCAGAUGGGGCAACCCCAAGACUCUCUCCUCUAUGGUGGGCUGAGCUUGAGAUUUUAUCAACUGAGGCUUGUUAAUAUGCAUAGGUACCUCAGAUUUGCCUUUAGAUGGUAAUUAAUAUAGCGCCUGUAUAUACAAAGAUUUUUCUUUUGUGUGGAUAACAAGAGCAUAUCAACUGUAGGGGCUAAGGAGAAGUUUUUGUUUGUAAUUUUAUUUUUUUAUUUUUUAGUGUGUAAGUAAUAUUUUAAAUCGCCUUAAUUUGCUCUCUUGGCGUAUUGGGAUCAAUUCUAUUGGCUUAUGAAAACUAUGACAAAAGGGACAAAA